AUGGAGGCCAAUAAAACUAAAGCCUCGAUGUUCUUCUUCGUUCUCUCCAUGUUGUCCAUAAGCUCUUGUUCGGCUUUCAACAUCACGAAGCUGCUUAACAAAGAAUCCGAUUUCAGCACCUUUAACAAAUACCUCUCCGAGACCAAACUCGCCGACCAGAUCAACAAGCGAAGCACCAUCACCGUCCUCGCCGUGGCCAACGACGCAAUGGGCGGCCUCUCUAGCGACGACAGCUUCACCCUCAAGUCGGUCAUGAGCGUCCACGUCAUCCUCGACUACUACGACAAGGAGAAGUUGGCUAAGCUGGCCAAGAACAAUAGAAGCGCCAUGCUGACGUCUCUAUUCCAGAGUUCGGGCGUGGCUCAAAACCAACAGGGCUACGUUCGGGUCGAAGUCGUUGACGGUGAGAUUUUUUUCGGGUCAGCAUCCAAGGGUGCACAAAUGAACUCCAAGAUAGUUAAGUCGGUGACAGCUCAGCCCUACAACAUUUCCGUGCUUGAGGUCAGCUCCAUCAUUGGGGUUCCCAACAUCAAUGCUUCUCCGACGCCCGAGAAAGCUCCAUCACCGAAGAAAGGCAAGUCUGCCAGUCUGGAAGACGAGGCAGAGAGCCCUUCCGAAGACACCGCUGAAAGUCCUGCCGAUGACACGUCGGACUCGGACUCGGAGGCUCCAAGUCCGUCCAAAGCCAGAGAUUCGACUCCACCCAAGCCAGGUUAUGAGGAUGAUCUGGUGACGGCAGAUUCGCCAUCUUCGACUCCGGCACCUGCGCCCUCCAAGAAUGAUGCACGCGCCACCGCUGCUGAGGUGGGAGUUGGGGUUGUUGCGAUGGGGUUGGUUAUUUCAGUAUUGGUUGCUUUGUUCUGA